AAGUAUAAAGCAAGUAGCGCGAGCCCCGUAGCUGUAGGGGGGAGGAAAGUGAGAGAGAGAGAGAGAGAGAGAAAGAGAGGGGGGAGCGCACACUCACGCGUGCACACAUAUUUAGUAGGCGAACGGAAUACUGGCCGCGCGCACACGUACACGCAACAAAGCGGACGUCUUUACAACUUAGUUAAGGAGAAAACCUCCAGACGAUGGAGCGGGAGUUAUGGAUUUAACGCGCAGAGGACGGGAAAUGGGCGCUCGGCUGCUGCUCGCGCUGCGGCUCGCGCUGCUGUGGGGCUCCCUGCUGUCGGCGGUUGACGGCUCACCUCUGCUCCUGUUCGCCAACCGGCGCGAUGUACGCCUGGUGGAUGCCGAGGGCGUGCGGGGCGAGUCGGCCAUCGUUGUCAGCGACCUGGAGGAUGCGGCGGCGGUGGACUUCCUGUAUUCUGAGGGUCUGAUAUUUUGGACUGAUGUCAGCGAAGAGGCCAUCAAACAGACCCACUGGAAUCAGUCAUCCAACUCCCUUAGAGAGGCGCUGGGAACCGGACAGACCGUGGUCGUGUCGGGGCUGGACAGUCCCGACGGGCUUGCCUGCGACUGGCUCGGCAGAAAGCUCUACUGGACGGACUCGGAGACCAAUCGGAUCGAAGUGGCCAACCUGGAUGGCACCUCCAGGAAGGUCCUGUUCUGGAUGGACCUGGACCAGCCGAGGGCGAUCGCCCUAAACCCCGCUCAAAGCUACAUGUACUGGACCGACUGGGGAGAGGAGCCCAGGAUAGAGCGUGCUGGGAUGGACGGCAGCAACAGGAAAGUCAUAGUGGUGGUGGACAUCUACUGGCCCAACGGUCUGACCAUAGACCUGCUGGAGCAGAAGUUGUACUGGGCAGACGCCAAACUCAGCUUCAUCCACAGGGCCAACCUGGACGGAUCAGCACGCGAGACCGUGGUGGAGGGCACCUUGACCCAUCCCUUUGCACUAACGCUGUCCCAGGAGACCUUGUACUGGACCGACUGGCAGACCCGCUCCAUCCACGCCUGUAACAAACACAGCGGAGACAAAACCCGAGAGAUCCUCAGUGGGAUUUACUCCCCCAUGGACAUCCAGGUCCUGGAGUCCUACCGGCAGCCUUACAUCCAGACUCCCUGCAGUGACAACAACGGAGGCUGCAGUCAUCUGUGCCUACUGUCUCCAGUCCAGCCCUUCUACAGCUGCGCCUGUCCCACUGGAGUCCAGCUGAAACCAGACGGAAAGACAUGCAAACCAGGAGCGGAGCAGGUUUUGCUGCUGGCUCGGCGGACUGACCUGAGGAGAAUCUCAUUGGACCUGCCAGACUUCACCGACAUAGUCCUCCAGGUUGAGGACAUUCGCCAUGCCAUAGCCAUAGACUACGACCCGGUCGAGGGUUACGUCUAUUGGACGGACGAUGAGGUUCGGGCCAUCCGGCGAUCCCACAUUGAUGGCAGCAAUGCCAUGGUGCUGGUUACCACGGAGAUCAACCACCCGGAUGGUAUAGCGGUGGACUGGGUGGCCAGAAACCUGUACUGGACCGAUACCGGCACUGACCGGAUUGAGGUCACCAGGCUGAAUGGAACCUCUCGGAAAAUUUUGAUAUCUGAUAACCUGGAUGAACCCAGAGCCAUCGUCCUGGACCCCAUUAAUGGGUACAUGUACUGGACCGACUGGGGCGAGCAUCCCAAGAUCGAGCGGGCCCACCUGGAUGGAACGGAGCGGCUGGUUCUGAUCAACAGCUCCUUGGGCUGGCCCAACGGACUGGCCAUCGACUACGCGGCAGGAAAGCUCUACUGGGGGGACGCCAAGACCGACAAAAUAGAGGUGAUCAACGUGGACGGCAGCAACAGGCAGACUCUGCUGGAGGACAAGCUGCCCCACAUCUUCGGCUUCACGCUGCUGGGGGACUACAUCUACUGGACGGACUGGCAGAGGCGAAGCAUCGAGAGGGUCCACAAAGCCACGGCCGUGCGAGAGAUCAUCAUUGACCAGCUGCCGGAUUUGAUGGGGCUGAAGGCCACCAAAGUGACAGAGACGCACGGUACGAACAGCUGCGCUGGAGACAACGGUGGAUGCAGCCACCUGUGCUUCUGGUGCCGGCAGGCGGUCAGCUGCGCCUGCCCCAUGGGGAUGGAGCUCCUCUCAGACCUGCAGACCUGUGUGGUGCCCGAGGCCUUCCUGCUCUUCACCAACAGGGACAACAUCAGGAGUAUCUCCCUGGGUACCAACAGCAACGACGUUCCCAUUCCUCUGACCGGAGUCAAAGAGGCCUCCGCUCUCGACUUUGAUGUCUCUGAAAGGAGGAUUUAUUGGACAGACAUACAGGCCAAGACAAUCAGCAGAGCGUACAUGAACGGCAGCUCUGUAGAACAUGUCAUAGAGUUCGGGCUGGACUACCCAGAAGGCAUGGCGGUGGACUGGAUGGGACGCAACAUCUACUGGGCCGACACAGGCACGAACCGCAUCGAGGUGGCCCGGCUGGAUGGCCAGUACCGGCAGGUUCUGGUCUGCAAGGACUUGGACAACCCGCGCUCGCUGGACAACCCCCGAUCGCUGGCGCUGGACCCGGCCAAUGGGUACAUGUACUGGACGGAGUGGGGGGGUCGACCUCGUAUAGCCAGAGCCUACAUGGACGGCAGCACCGUCACCACCCUGGUGGACAAAGUGGGCCGAGCCAACGGACUGACCAUCGACUACUUGGACCAUCGACUGUACUGGACGGACCUGGACACGUGCAUGAUCGAAAGCACCAACAUGCAAGGCCUUCAGAGGGAGAUCAUAGUGGACGACCUCCCUCACCCCUUCGGCCUGACUCAGUACCGGGACUUCAUCUACUGGACCGAUUUUAACCUGCGCAGCAUCGAGCGGGCAGACAAACGCAGCGGACUCAACCGCACGGUGGUGCUGCAGGGCCAGCUGGAGCUGAUGCUGGACAUCCUGGUGUUCCACUCCUCCCGCCAGGAGGGAACCAACGAGUGCUCCCACAACAACGGCAACUGCGCCCAUCUGUGCCUGGCUACGCCCGCCGGGGCCCAGUGCCGCUGCGCCUCCCACUACACUCUGAACCCGGAUGGACGUAACUGUAGCUCUCCCUCCAGCUUCCUGCUCUUCAGCCAGAAGGCGAGCAUCAGCCGGAUGGUGCUGGGAGAGCAGAGUCCCGACAUCAUCCUGCCCAUCCACGUUCUCAGGAAUGUCCGAGCGGUCAGCUACGACCCGCUGGACCGGCUGGUCUACUGGCUGGACGGAAGGCAGAACAUCCGCAGGGCCAGAGACAACGGAGCCAUGUCGUCCAUGAUGGUGAGCAGCAGCUCUCAGCCGGUGGACAACCAGCUCCACGACCUGAGCCUCGACCCCUACAGCCGCCACAUAUACUGGACCUGCGAGACCACCAACACCAUCAACGUGCAGAGGAUGGACGGAGUCAUCGUGGGCGUGGUCCUGAAGGACGACACCGACAAGCCGCGCGCCAUCGUGGUCAACGCUGAGAAAGGGUAUAUGUAUUUCACCACCGUGCAGGAGCGCUCAGCUAAGAUUGAGGGAGCCAGUCUGGACGGGACGGAGAGGGAGUCUCUGUUUACCACCGGUCUGAUCAGACCAGUCGCUCUGGCUCUGGACAACAAACUGGGGAAACUGUUCUGGGUCGACGCCGACCUGAAGCGCAUCGAGAGCAGUGACCUGACGGGAGCCAAUCGCAUCGUCCUCCAGGACUCCAACAUUCUGCAGCCGACGGGGCUGACGGUGCUGGGAGAUCACCUGUACUGGAUCGACCGGCAACAGCAGAUGAUCGAGAGGGUGGACAAGCUGAGUGGAGACGGACGCACGCGCAUACAGGGACGGAUCUCCUACCUGACCUCCAUCCACGCUGUGGAGGAGAUGGACCCACAGGAGUUUGCAUCCAACCCUUGUUCCCGUGACAACGGGGGCUGCUCCCACAUCUGCAUCGCUAAGGGGGACGGAACCCCUCGAUGCUCAUGUCCCAUGCACCUGGUGUUACUGCAGGACUUGCUGCACUGUGGAGAGCCUCCCACCUGCUCCACGGAGCAGUUCACCUGCUCCACGGGGGAGAUUGAUUGCAUCCCAAUGGCCUGGCGCUGCGACGGCAUCCCCGAGUGCGCCGACAGCAGCGACGAGGAGAACUGCCCCGUCUGCUCGGCCUUUCAGUUCCAGUGUGACAAAGGCGGCUGCAUCGAUGCCCAGCGGCGCUGCAACGGCGAACCGGACUGCGCCGACCACUCUGAUGAGCAGGACUGCGAAACCAUCUGCCCUCCAAACCAGUUUCGCUGUGGUGACAACCAGUGUAUCACCAAGAAACAGCAGUGUGACAACUACUCUGACUGUCCAGACGGAUCGGAUGAGCUCUCCUGUGAGUAUGUGUCUCCUCCUUCGGGCGGCAUCCCCAGCGCCGGGACCAACACGAUCGGCCCGGUCAUCGCCAUCAUAAUGCUGGUCUUUGUGAUGGGAGGAGCUUACUUUGUCUGCCAGCGCAUGGUGUGUCGGCGCUACAAAGGCCCCAGUGGAACGUUUCCCCACGAGUACAUCAGCGGCACGCCCCACGUGCCCCUCAACUUCAUCGCUCCCAGCAGCUCGCAGCACGCCACCUUCCAAGGUAUUUCCUGUGGGAAGUCCAUAAUGAGCUCCGUCAGCCUGAUGGGCAGCAGCAGCAGUGGAGCGCCUCUCUAUGACAGGAACCAUGUGACCGGAGCCUCGUCCAGCAGCUCUUCAUCUACCAAGGGAGCCUUCUACCCCCAGAUCCUGAACCCUCCUCCGUCCCCGGCCACUGACCGCUCACUCUACAACGCAGAGAUCUUCUACUCCUCCAACAGCCCGUCCACCACCAGAUCAUACAGACCAUACCACCCGGUGCGCGGUGCCGCCCCCCCCACCACCCCCUGCAGCACCGAUGUCUGCGACAGCGACUACACCCCCCACCACCCGGCGGCCGGGCCAGCGUCCUCGGUGGGGCGCUGGAAGGCCGCGGGCCACGGCGGCCACGGCAAACACAACAAGUACUACAUGGACCUGAACUCCGACUCGGACCCCUACCCUCCGCCCCCCACCCCCCGCUCCCAGUACCUGUCGGCCGAGGAGAGCUGCCCCCCGUCCCCGUCCACAGAGCGCUCCUACUUCCACCUGUGCCCGCCACCCCCCUCGCCCUGCACCGACUCCUCGUGACCCCUCCCAAAGGCGCCCACUUUGCGCUCGCCACAGAAGGGACGGCCUCCUCCGGCCCCCACCACUUCACCAGGGAAAGAACUUGCGUGCCAACGGCCGGCCCUGAGCGCCACUUGUUUCAGCUGCUAGGCUCACGAGCCUCGCUCAAGGUCCCCCGCGUCCCCGCAUCCGCCGUCUCAUCAUUCCAGUCCCCACGGAGCCCCCUGGGCGAGCAGCACGGGUCCUUUACACCCCCCCUUCACUCCCCCUUCUCCCCCGCCGCAGGGCUCAAAGGAGGAGACGAGGUGUGAAUACGGCCAGCAGCUCCCUCUCACAUGUUCAUUCCUUCAAAAGAGGGAACCCCCUUUUCCCCGCCCACUUCCCACACCUCCACCUGUCCACACCCGCAGUGACGCCGCACGCUGCUCCUGGCUGCCACUCAAAGUCAUCAGCAUCCAGCUCUCCAAGCGAGUGGGUUGGCGCCGUCCUCAUUGGGACUGUAUAUAGUGUUUAAAAAUGAAUCAAAGGAGGAAUUAUUUUGAGCGAGUCACGGGCUGGCGAAUAGAUGAUGACCACAUUAAGGUGUGGAGGCGUGAAGGAACGAGCGCCUGGAAUAUUAUUAUUUCUGGAAUACUGUCCCUCACAUUUCAAAUUGUGAAUGAUUUGUUUUAUUUGGGGGGGGGGUUGAAGCGAUGGAACUUUCCCCCCUGAAUCAACAAAGAGACUAAUCUGCCAGCAGACCUUCCUUUUAAUUUCCGACACAAGCACCGUGUUACACCAACAUACCAAAUGAACAUGGACGUGUUAAGCUAUUGUGCAAACGUGUAAUGAAGUCAAUGAUGAGUCGUGAGAAGUCAAAGCGGGUCGAAGCGAGUCUGAACCUCGGCCGUCGCCUCUUCUUCACCCUCAUCAUCCCUUUUACCAAAAGUAUGUUUGCUGCUAUCGUGUACAUACCCUCAUCAGUUAUUAUUAUGACCUAUAAUUAGACCGAAAGGCCCACGCUAACACUCUCAUAAUGACAGUAAAUCAUGAAGCUAUUUUACAGUUAAAACAAAUUAUUCUUAUUAGCGACUUUUGUUAUUCGUAUUUCUGUUUUUGUGUAGAUAAAUGAGUUGUGUGUUUGUGUCGGUCGCCAGAUUUGGGUUUGAAGGAGUCAUUUUUUUCUUCUUUUCCUCUAAUUGUCAAAGAGAGAGUUUGUGCUGAGACAUUUAGUGCACAGCUUUGACAUGAAUCAAACCGAAGGGCUUCGUGUGCUCCGGAUGCAUCUGUGUUGGUUCCGGUUUGGACACACCUGGACACAUCUGCCGGAUCACGUGAGUUGGAUCUGGAUUUCGUGAUCAGACGGGAGGAGCUUGGCCGGUGGAACUCGCGAGGCACAAUGCGCUCAUGUUUGGUUCCCAGGAACAAAAAGCGCUUUUUCAUUUAUUUAUUUUUUGAUGUAAUUUUUUUGGAAUUUCCCUCUCUUUAUGAAUGAGUGCUAACGUUAGCUUAGCACAAACCGUGAACUGCAUGCGACAGCUCUACACAGGUUCCAUAUCCGCUUGUUGCAGGAAUCCGGUCUUCGUCUAAACAGGAAACAAGAUUUUAGGCUGAGGGAACUUACCACUGAGUAAGAUUAGGGAAAAGAUGGUAGUUUGGGUUCAAAUAACAACGUGUCAAAUAACAGCGGCCUCCUGUCUGAUCCGGAUCUCACUCAGUACGACGUGCACACGGGGCCCGGGUACAGUGGACCUCUGUAGAACACUGCUAUGGAGUUUAAUUCCAUCCCAAACCUGAAGUGAAAGGUUUGCUAGGGGGUGCUUUAGGUCUUUUUUCAAAUAUUGUGAUUCCCUUGUCCCCCCCCCCCCAAUAUUCUCUAUGUAGAGACAAACAGUGUCUCCGUGGUUAAUCCAGCACUUAAUGUCAUUACUUUAUAAUAUUAUCUGCACAAGACCCGGUAUCAAAAAGUGAGAAGACCUUUUAUGCACUUACAGAAAAAGAAAAGAGAUCUCAUUGUUUCCCAGGAAAUUAAGGAAGCAGGAGAGCGUUUGAGCGGAGGAGUUACUCCCAUCUAAAGAAAUGGAACACAGCGAGCUUCCUGUCAGCCGGCCCUGCUGCCGCCUUCGUCUGAGCCCACAGGAAGCUCCAGUGCCAAAGCCUUUCUGCAGAGGGAUCCAUGUGUGUCAGGGGGACUCCUUUAUCUACUACGGGCUUUAGGCCUCACCUCAAACCACUGUCAACAACAACCCCUUAAAACCUGUAUUUGUUGUUUCAGUUAAAAAUGCUUUGUGUAAUGUACACCUGUGACAUUUUUUUUGUAUCAAAAGCAUUUUUAUAUAAUAAAGGUUUUAUUUUAAGGAAUUUUGUCGUGUGUCUGCGUUCACCUUGAGUUUAAGGAUCGAUGUUUCGAUGAUAUCACAGAGUUGUUAGCAGACAAGUUGUGCAUCAAUGUUUAUGGAUAUUUAGAUAUUUUAAUAUUCAGUUACUGCGCCUCAUUUAGAUAACAUAGUAGUGAGAUACGGACCUCUGCUGGUUUUAAACUGCUACUGCAACCCCACUGAAACACUUU